AUGGAGCCUGUGAACAAAGACGAUAUCAAGGGUCUCUUAAAUUCAUUUGUGGUGCUUGAUACCGAUGGUAUUUUGUCCACGGACCCUGAAACUACCGAGCUGGAGCAGGAUUUCUUAACUGACGAAGAUGAUGAUCGUGAUACCAUCGAUAAUGACAUCUUCAUCUCGGGUUCAUCAAUUGACACAAAGUUGCCUGAAAACUUGGAAGUAUCCGAAAAUGUAGCACCUAAAGUGAAAGAAAGCGUAACGUCUGACGCUUUCUAUGCGGAUUAUUGUUCGAAAUACUUGCACUUUACCGAUACCAACCCUACUACAUACCACGCAAUUGACUACUUUUCUAGACUCCUAGAAAGUCUGAAUUACAGAUAUUUGUCAGAGAAGGAACCCAUGAAGUUCAAUGCUGAAGGUGGACUCUAUUUCUCAUCAAGAGACCAGCAGUCGUUGAUUGCACUUAUUGUGGGGGGCAAAUGGGAACCAAAGAAUGGUUUUGGAAUUGUUGGAUCCCACGUUGAUGCGCUCACUGCUAAAUUGAAGCCUACAUCGCUCAAAAGUCCUGUCUCAGGAUAUGAGCUUCUUGGAGUUGCUCCGUAUUCUGGAGCAUUGAACCAUUUAUGGUUGGAUCGAGACUUGGGAAUCGCUGGGAGGGUGCUCAUUAGGGAUGCCACCACCAGGUCAAUUUCAGCCAAGCUCGUAUCCUCGGGGCUGCAUGCUAUUUGCAGAAUUCCUACUUUGGCUCCGCACUUCGGUGCCACUGCUCAGAAGCCUUAUAACAAGGAGACAAAAAUGGUGCCUGUCAUGGCGUUCGGCGCAGACGACGAGCCCGCUACAAAAGAGGAGUUGGCGUCUCCUUUGUACGGAAAACACUCGCUCAUUUUACUUCGUUACGUUGCCAAUCUUGCUGGAACCAGCGUAGCAAACUUGGUUGCGUUGGAUCUUGAUCUUUAUGAUGUCCAAGCGGCUGUCAGAGGAGGAAUUAAGAAUGACUUCAUGUUUGCACCAAGAAUUGACGACCGUCUUUGUUCAUACAGUGCCAUUCACGGCCUCCUUGAGUUUUCGUCCACGCUUGAUUUGGCCAAUUACUCUGGAUGCUCCAUUGUCUAUUUGGCUAACAACGAGGAAAUUGGGUCUGCCACACGAACUGGAGCCCGGGGAAAAUUUCUCAACAGUGCUAUUGAGAGUUUGAUUACCAGUUUGGGACAUUCCCAAACUGAGGUGAAGGUUGCAUUCGCCAAUUCCAUCAUUCUCUCCGCGGAUGUCACACACUUGCUCAACCCCAACUUUACUUCCGCAUACUUGACCAACCACUUUCCCCUACCCAACAUUGGACUCACUUUGAAGAAGGAUGCCAAUGGGCAUGUCAUGACCGACCUGAUUGGAAUCGCUAUGAUGGAGGCCGUGGCUGCUAAGAACGAGUUGACAUUGCAGCAAUUUCAUAUCAGGAAUGACAUGCCUUCUGGAGGAACUAUCGGUCCUAUGCUUGCAGUCGACACGGGUGCACGAGUCAUUGACGUGGGACUUGCACAAUUGAGUAUGCAUAGUAUUCGUGCUGCGGCAGGGUACAAGGAAGUUGGUAUCGGCGUGGAGACUUUUAAGGCAUUUUUCAAGGACUGGCGCCUGGAACUUGAUUUGAUCGACUACCUGUAG